GAACUUUGACAACUUCUUUCCAUCACAAUCCUGGGCAAACAAACAACCUGGAUCGUCGAUUUGAUCGUCCAUGGAAGCUUAGAUUUUGCCAAUUUGACUUUUGGAGCAGAAGCCCACUACUCCUACCCACGUUUCGGCCAUCAUCUUCCUCCACAUUCUCACAAACGACGACGACGACGAUUUACUACACAUCGCAUCUAAUACCUUUUCUACACGCACAAUUCACUGCGGUUUCGAAGACUUUUCACUCGCCCCAAGUCAAAUCUGCCACUCAACCCACCUCCCGCCGUGCACGGCUGCUCCGAUUCACUUCCUCCGGCGCUUCCGCAGUCGGAAUUCAGCUCGCCCCGAGCUCUCAGUCGCCGAUAUUUCGAUCGGUUCCGUAUUUCUGGUUCUAUGGCUACGCCCAAGGAAGAGGGCGUCCAUGAGGGCUCUUCUGGAAAAUUGCAGGUGAAGCCGGAGCCUGAACCUGGGUUUCUUGAAUCGGAGACCGAAUACAAAGUGAGUGAUGGGCCGUUGUUGGCCGAGGGAGCUUCGGGUGAGCUUCGGAAGGGAGUGAGCCACGAAGUUGGAGCACAAGCAUCUGAAUCGAUAGAAAAGAAAGUUGGGGAUGUUGAUAAGCCUAAACUUGUGCCAUGUGAUUUGCAGCGGAGGGAGAGUAUUGUUAAUGGGAGCUCCUCUGCAUCUCAAUUGCACGAAGGAAAGAAUUCUCCUCCUGCAGUUCAAGGGAAAGAGGAUGAUGCUUCACAGUUUAGCCAAGUUUCUAUUGUACCCAAGGAGGAGACCAUUGACAAUGGGAACGGACAGAGAAAUGAUGAAAAGAAUUGUGUGGAAGAAUCUCUCGCUCUUUCUGUAAUUACUGACAAGGCUUCAGAUAAUCCACAGCCCUUACAAAGUGUCCUUGCUGCUCAUUCUAAUGAGCAAAGAAUAGCUUAUGAGGCUUAUCUCAAAUGGCAUGAAAAAGGUUUAGACAAAUUGCAGCCAAGGAGGAACCCCGAAAAUGGUGCUCAUGCAUCACAGUUUGAUCAAAGAAGUGUAAAAGCUGCUGAAAAACCAUCAGAAGAUGGAUACAAUUGGAGAAAGUAUGGACAGAAGCUUGUUAGAGGAAAUGAAUUUAUUCGGAGUUAUUAUAAGUGCACUCACACUGAUUGCACUGCAAAAAGACAAGUAGAGAGAUCUCAAGAUGGUCAUAUUACAGAUAUUAAUUACAUUGGUAACCAUGAACAUCCUAAACCUCAAAAUAACCCUCAGGUAUCUCCCAACGUCCAAGUAAGAAAAACAGAACUGCCUGUCGCAACUGCUUCUGAAGGCACACAAUCUGUUACACCUACGCCUGGGGGGAAGUGUGAAACUAAUGAGACAAAACAGACUCCACUAUCACAGGGUGUUGCAUCAGCUGAUGCAGACACAUUGGAUUCAGGUUCUCUGUCACAUAAUUUGCAGGAUGAGGAUGAUCAAAUCACUGGUCCAGAUUUGAAAAAGCAAAAGAAAUAUUUUUCCGGCUAUGAUGACAAUAAGUCUCAUGGGGAACCAAAGCAUGUUGUUCAGACUAUUAGCGAUGUGGAUAUUGUGAAUGAUGGCUACCGCUGGCGCAAGUAUGGACAGAAGUUUGUAAAGGGAAACCCAAACCCAAGAAGCUAUUACAGAUGCUCGAGCACAGGGUGUUUUGUGAAGAAACAUGUUGAGAGGGCUUCCCAUGAUCCCAGAAUGGUUAUCACAACAUAUGAGGGGAGCCAUAUCCAUGACAUGCCCCCUUGUAGGACUAUGACCCAGAACUCGGGCGAGGCUGAUACCACCAAUGCGACAAUGACAACAAGGGGAGAUUCAAGGACGGAAACUGGUGAAAACAAACACAUUGGCAGCCUUGACAUGAUUGUCCAUAUCGGGGCCCACUGAGGAAUGAUAAUAUGGAUGGAUGCAUGCAGUUCUUCACUCUGGUAAAAGAUAAAUUUACUUUCUUCUGGAGAUGGUUCUUGAUUUUUAUUUACCCCUCUUCUCUCUUUUGAUUGUCAUGAUUGCUCUCAACCAUUACUUUCCCAUAGAUUUAAUUAACCUCUUAGCUUGUGAGCUGAUAUGCAUUGUACAAAUUAAUAAUUAUUGACGACGAUGAACGAGCAACGUGUAGAUUGUCUAAUAUUUGACUUGAUACCUGAUGUCUUUGAUGUGAACAAAAAUGCUCUAGUGAU